CCGGAAGGGCGGUCGGCCUGCGAGCUCCGAGUCAACUUCCGGCUGGUGAUCUAGGGUGCGGGCUGGCGGGCUGGCGGGGCCGUGGGGACGCCCGUGGAGAUGGCUUGCGCGACCGCGAGGUCCCCGGCCGACCAGGACAGGUUUAUUUGUAUCUACCCCGCUUAUUUAAAUAAUAAGAAGACCAUAGCGGAGGGGAGGCGGAUUCCCAUAAGUAAGGCUGUAGAAAACCCUACCGCUACUGAGAUUCAGGAUGUAUGCUCAGCAGUUGGACUGAACGCAUUUCUGGAGAAAAACAAAAUGUAUUCCAGAGAAUGGAACCGUGAUGUUCAGUACAGAGGCAGAGUCCGGGUUCAGCUCAAACAGGAAGAUGGCAGCCUCUGUCUUGUGCAGUUCCCGUCACGUAAGUCAGUGAUGCUGUAUGUAGCAGAAAUGAUACCCAAGCUAAAAACAAGGACACAAAAAACAGGAGGUGCUGACCCAAGUCUUCAGCAAGGAGAGGGCAGUAAAAAGGGGAAAGGGAAGAAGAAGAAGUGAACUGUGAACGCAAAGCACACGUCCUACUGAGACACGGGCAUCUCUGAGUCUGCGGGAACAGCUUUUGUGUCGUUUAAUUGAACUGUGAACAAGUAUGUCUCCCAUCUUCAUCACCACAGCUAACAAUGAGAUAAGUUUACAUCAAAAGUUUGCAUCUAGCUUUUAUACUGUAAAAAGGAAAGAUUGUGUGUGUAGAAGAAAGAAUAUUUUUAACAGAUAAUGACUGUCCCAUAAGUUACUUGAAAUCCUGUAUCUGUUUGUCCUCUUUGUAAACAUAUAUUUCAGGUAAAUAAGUUUAAUAAAAUUUGAAAUACA